AUGGAAUCUCAAUCCAAUGUCACUCAACGCCAGCCUGCUGAAGCCGAAGCUGAGCUACGCAAGAAACUCGAUGAAGCAAUUAAGCAGCGAAACGUCGACUAUAAACUAGUUUUCUUGGUUACAAUGUCGUUUGAGACCGAUGACGCGGGUGCCAAAGCGGAUUCAAAAGCAUUCGCUGCAGCGAUGAAAGAGCUCUUUGGUCUUAUCGACGAGAACAUAUUCGAGUUCGUUUUUCCAAUGGAUAUGCAUGCAGAUUUACAUUGGGUCCGUACGAUUCCAGAUUGGAUACAGAAAUUGAAAGACUCUUGCACUGGAAGGAAACUACUUCUACUGCACUUCGCCGGCCACGGCGCUCUUAACUCUUUAGGCGAGUUAGAGCUCCAAGGAAACCAGUCACGUACACCAUACAAGCAAGCGCUUCACUGGAUUAACCUUAGCGAGUUCUUACUCAGACCUAACAGAACUGAGCUUCACGGCGAGGUAGAUGUCACUUUCUUUUUAGAUUGUUGCUAUUCAGGAGCUUUUGUCGCGCCAGUACAAUUAUCCGACAAAACAGUGGAGGUAUUGGCAGCAACAGAUGCCGGAUCUCUAACCACCACCAGAAGUUCGCAUAAUAUUACGGCGACAUUUACGCAAAGACUCAUCUACGAGAUGCGCUCGAUGGCCUACGACGAGGGAAAACCAAUUGUCACUUUCCCUGAGAUUCUGAAGAGGAUGCAGAAUCGCAAACAAGACUCUCCUAAAUCGAAACCGGUAUACCGAAUGCUAUUCGGAGAAGUUCCGAUCCUCUUACCCGUCAAAUCUCUGGACCGCCCGCCGCCGGCUUCAACUGCUGUUCCAUCUGAUCCACUAGCUCUGGAGUCUUGGAGGCCUCAAGAGCACUCUUUAGCCUUGAAAGUUCACAUCAAUAGCAGCAUAAACGAUAAAUCUACUCGGGUGAUUGUUCAAUGGCUUCAUAAAUUGCGAGGCGAGUUCGGGAUGGAGCUCGUCGGUGUCAACGAUACAAAUUCUACAACCAUCGUUUUUCUCACGGUUCCGUACACAAGCUUGUACGUUUUAUACAGGUUGGAGCUUAGGGGAGUAUGCAAACUUGAGGUUAUUCACGAAAAUUUAUACUCUCGAAACUUGCUUAGUAUGAUGAUGCAUUCCUAA